AACGUCUAGUCGAGGUUAUCAGGCGGUGGGACAUAGACGCCGUUGUAUUGACAAACCAAAAAAAAAAAACUUGCAACCAACCACUUCAAACUUUUCGGAAUCCAAGCAACUUGCGAACGAGAGAGAGAGAGAGAAAAAACAAAACAAUGUGGGAAUUAGUUCUCCUAUCUCUGGUGCUCCUCAUUGCCUUGACAAUACGACACAUCCGAGAGCACUACAAAUAUUGGCAACAUCUGGGCAUUCCAUGUGGAGAGACAAGUUGGAUAUUUGGCAGUAUGGUGGGAGUGGUUACCAAACGUUCCUUUUUUGAACUCUGGCUGGAGUAUUACAACCGCUUCAAGGGCAGCGGCCCCUUUACCGGUUUCUUUUGGUUUUUCAAGCAGGCCGUAUUCGUCAUGGAUCCUUGGCUGAUUAAGCAAAUUCUCAUCAAGGAUUUUGACAAGUUCAUGGAUCGUGGUUUGUUCUACAAUGAAGUUGAUGACCCCUUGUCGGCCCAUUUGUUUUCCAUGCAUGGCCAGAAGUGGAGAAAUUUGAGGAACAAAUUAUCGCCCACCUUUACUUCCGGGAAAAUGAGAACCAUGUUCCCGACCGUGGUCCAAGUGGGUCAUGAGUUACUCGAUGUGCUGGGCGAGGAUAUAGAGAAGAGUGACGAAAUUGAAAUACGUAGUUUGAUGGCCCGCUAUACCACCGAUGUAAUUGGCUAUUGUGCCUUUGGCAUUGAAUGCUGCAGUCUCAAGGAUCCCCAACAGCUGUUCUACAUCAUGAGCAAACGGGCCCUGCUGGAAAACAAUUUGGGUAGCCUGGGGGUGGCUUUUCGUGGCAGUUUCCCCAAGUUGGCGCGGCGUCUACACAUGAAAGACACCGUGGCCGAUGUGGAGAAUUUCUUCCUGGGCACGGUACGAGAAACCGUGCGCUAUCGCGAAGAGAACUCCAUUCAGCGCAGCGAUUUUAUGAAUUUGCUGCUGGAACUGAAAAAUAAUCGCGUGAUUAAGAAUGAGACGGGAGAUGAGUUUGUCAAUUUGACAUUCAAUGAAAUUGCGGCUCAGGCAUUUUUGUUUUUGGUAGCUGGGUCAGAGACCUCAUCGAAUACCAUGGUGUUUGCCCUGUAUGAGUUGGCUUUGCAUCAGGAGGUCCAGGACAGGGCUCGAGCUGAGGUGCAAAGGAUUUUCGAAGCAUGCAACGGGGAGAUGGUGUAUGAAACGAUGUCACAAAUGAAGUAUUUGAAGCAGGUCAUUGAUGAAACCCUUCGCCUACACACCCCUCUGCCCGUCUUGAAUCGCCACGCCCUCGAAGAUUAUCCUGUUCCCGGUCAUCCGAAAUAUGUGAUACGAAAAGAUAUGCCCGUCAUAAUCCCCGCCAUUUGCCUGCAUCGUGAUGAACAGUAUUAUCCCAAUCCCGACGUUUUUAAUCCGGACAAUUUCACCCCUGAACAAGUGGCUCUACGAGAUCCAGUACUCUAUCUCCCUUUUGGGGAUGGGCCAAGAAAUUGCAUUGGCCUACGAUUUGCUAAAAUGCAAAUGAUGGUGGGCCUUAGUUUACUUUUGAGUAAAUUUAAAUUUACCAUCUGCGAAAGGACACCGGUGCCCAUGAAAUAUGAUAAGGAGAAUUUUAUGUUGACACCGGAAAAGGAUUUGUAUCUGAAGGUGUCAAGGAUAUGAGAGCAUUUUUU